AAAAAAAUUUAUAAUCUCUAACUAGAUUUGUAUUAUAAAAAUUCAUAUUAAUAAUCAUCAUGACUACAAUGUUUAACGUUGAAGAAUUAAAAAGAAAACUUGACUCGGAUGAAUCCCGUCCACAAAAACUUUUAAAAAGGUCUUCCACUGAUCAACUUUCAGAUUUUUUUUCUUCGGACCAAUUUUCUCUUCCUUAUGAGGACGACGACGAAGACGAUUUCGACGACGAAAUGAAUGAUAAUUUAAACGAAGAAUCUUUGAAUCAACAACAGGAACAACAACUUGACUAUCAACAACAGAAAGAACAAGACCAAAAACAACAACAACCUACUACUCCUCAGAGGAAGAAACCUGGUCGUAAACCGAAUCCUGCUUCCCCUGCUUUACGUAAAGCUCAAAAUCGAGCCGCUCAAAGAGCUUUCAGAGAACGAAAAGAACGUCACCUACGGGAACUUGAAAAUACUAUCAAAACUUUACGUGAAAGUCAAUACGAAUCAUUAAUAAAAUGUCAAAGAGAAUAUUCUCAUUUUCGCUCGUUGAUCGAGCAACUUGAAGCUGAAAAUAGCUUUUUAAAAGAAAUCGCAUUCACUUUUGAAUGCGCAUUAAAUAAUUUAAAUGGUAAUAAUGAAGCAACGACAAAAAUGAAGAAUGCCGUAUCUCAAUCUAUUCCUCGUACUUCAGUUCCUUCUUCAUUACCUUUGAAUGGUAAUGGUGUUAGUAUGAUUGGAUCUUCUAUUACUACUUCACCUUUCGGUUUAAGUGCUAUGCAAAUGAGACAAGCAAAUUUACCUUCACAAUUAUCAGUACCGACAGCUCAACAAAUUCAAAAUAAUUAUCUUGGUUUACUUCAAUCUCAAGCUGGACGUUUAAGUAUUACAUCACCUGUUACAAAUAAUAUUGUAAUGUCACCUAAUGGAUCUGGUAAUAUAUCUACUUCAUCUGUUAGUGCAUCUAGUUCACCUCAAACACCAGAAUCAAUCAUUCCAGGAUCAAUCUCACCGUCAAGUACUUUUUUUGCUGAAGAAUUUGCUCGUGAAAUUACACUGGCUGAUAUGAAACCUUUUGUUUCACAAAAUUCUAAUUUACAAUUUAGUCAUGAACCAUCAUCAUUAUUUACUGAUGGAAAUACAAAUAUUUAUAAUACUACAAAUUCAUCAAUAUUUAAAACAGAUAUUGGUGUAUUAUCAUCAUCAUCACAAACAAUGACAAAAUCGAAUUCUACUUCUUCAACAAUUUCUUCUGUAUCAUCAAAUAACAAUAUUUCUGUAAAUAAUAAUAAUAAUAUAUCAUAUGUGGCAGAAGCAGCUUCAAUGAUUGAUAAUGAUGCAGAUUAUUUUUCAGCUUAUUUUUUGAAUGAUGAAUUAGUACUUGAUGAUGAAUCGAAACAAUUGUUUUCAAAUUUUGAUAUUAAUACAACUGAACAAAAUAUAAUGAAAAAAAAAUUAACGAAAGAUCAAGAACAACUUAUAAGACUGAGUAAGAAAGUAGGACAAUCAAUUCUUACACCUGUUCCUCCAACAAUGAGGUAUCCACUCACAACUCAUCAAAAGUAUUAUUUGACAUUAGAACAUGAUCCUCGUAUUGACAUGAUACCAUGUCUUCACUUACGAUCUCGUAUGAUUCAAUAUCGGGAUCAAUAUGAUCUUUAUGAAUUAGUAGAGUUAUUAAUUAACAAAGCAAAAUGUCACGGGGAUCCUCAUGAUCCUGAUAGUUGGGAAUUACCAGAAGAAUUCUUUGAACGUUAUGGAGUUUUAGUAUUUCAACAAUGUCGCAUAAAAAGUGAUUUAUAUAAGAAAUAUGGUGUAUUACCAAAAGACUUUGAUAAUUUUUAUAAGAAAGGUUUACAUAUGAUAUCAUGAAUUAUUCAAUUUUUUAUGUUUCUUUGUAGGAAUUUGACAAUAUCUCACACAAUAUUAUUAUUUU